GCGGAAAAACUCUGUAUGUAGCUCACUUGCAGAUGGAGCUCCUGGCAAGCAGCACCAUCAUCCAUGGAAGCUCCGGAAAGUAAGUGACUUUUGAGAAACGUACAAUAAUCUGACUCCUCUCCUUAUGUUUCUGCUGUGCUGAACCUUAAAAAAAACACAAAGUAUGCUAGAGAUAUGACCCGAGGGGGUUCUCCUUUCGAUGAGAUUGGUUCUGAAUUUGUCAUUAGGAUCUAGGAACAUAGGAAGCAACCUUAUCCUUAGAGCCAGCAUGGUGUAGUGGUUAAGAGCGGUAGACUUGUAAUCUGGUGAACCGGGUUCGAUUCCCCGCUCCUCCACAUGCAGCUGCUGGGUGACCUUGGGCCAGUCACACUUCUCUGAAGUCUCUCAGCCUCACUCACCUCACAGAGUGUUUGUUGUGGGGGAGGAAGGGAAAGGAGAUUGUUAGCCGCUUUGAGACUCCUUAGGGUAGUGAUAAAGCGGGAUAUCAAAUCCAAACUCUUCUUCUUCUUAUCCUGGGUCAGAUCAUUGGUCCAUCUAACUCAAUAUUGUGUGUGCUAACUGGCAAUGGCUCUCCAGGGUUUCAGGCAGGUUGCCUCCUCCAGACUUACCUGGAGAUGCUGGGGAUUAAAGGUGAGACCUUCUGCAUGAAACACAGAUCCUUUGCUGCUGGGCUGCAGCCCUUCCCCGAGCAGCGUUGAAAAUAAAAUACUAUGUUGAUUGAGUGUGUUGGUGGCAAAAGAAACAGAAAAAACUCUCUUUCAAUCCAAGUUGAAUGUUCGUCUUAAGGAGAGAGGGGUUAGAGUUCUUGGCCUAGUACCAAGUGAUGCGGGAGAUGGAGUCAGGAGUCAAGGCAGUGUCUUGUGCAAGAAGGUUGCAGUGUUGCAACCUUGGGCAGUAUUUUUCUACAAGGUCACAAUCUCCUCCAAGGUUUAUCCUUGCAGCCCUGCACACACCUGGGCAGUCCAUGACUGGACCAGCUGGAGAUGCUUCAGGGGCAAGAUAGUUGUGGUCCAGCUACUUCUUCCAAGGUAAAAAAAGAGAAAAGGUUAAGGACCUCUGGACAGUUAAGUCCAGUCAAAGGUGACUAUGACUCAUCUUGCUUUCAGGCCGAGGGAGCCAGUGUUUGUCCACAGACAGCUUUCCGGGUCAUGUGGCCAGCAGGACCAAACCGCUUCUGGUGCAACGGAACACCGUGACAGAAACCAGAGUGCACGGAAACGCUGUUUACCUUCCUGCUGCCUAUUUAUCUACUUGCACUGGUGUGCUUUCAAACUGCUAGGUUGGCAGGAGCUGGGACAGAGCAACGUGAGCUCACUCCAUUGUGGGGAUUCAAACCUCUGACAUUCCAAUCGGCAAGCCCAAGAGACUCCGUGGUUUAGCCCACAGUGCCAAUCAGCCUGCUGUCACCAGGAUGGAGGCUAGAGGGCAGAGGUGAAUGUGUGUGGAAACUAGCCUACUGAUGGAAAGAUAUCCUGCACAUCCAGUUGUAAUUUUAGACUCUGGGCUUAAUGGUCUUAUGGUGGAGUCCCUUUUUUAGAUGAUAUUGCUUCACAUACUUAAAAACAUGGUAAGCCAGAGCUGCUGCAUCAGGGCUUCUCCUGCUCCUGUAGCUGAGCAGGGCCCUGGGCUUCCAUGCAAAAGACCUACUUUGGUGGUGUCACCAGAUCAGAGCAACUGCCUUCUCCGUCACCAAAAGGUACAGGCUGAGCAGAGAAGUAGCAGGCCUGCAGUUCCUGAAACAACAUCCAUCCCUUCUCAAAGAAACAGCUGCUUCUUGACAACUAGAUGCAGAACCCGAAAUUUAUUUCCCUGGCCAAACUGAAAUUUCUUCCCCUAGCCAAAUGCAAACAGUCUCUUUUGCUGUGUACAUCCGCCCAGACCGAAAGCUGAUUUCAGCCUCCAUCCUAGGAACGGAGGAAGCUUUCUUUCUUUCUUUUUAUAAUAAUAAUUUUUAUUAAUUUUAACAUAUAGAUUAUAAUACAUACCACAAAUCUUCAUCAUUUAUACAAUCUUUUUUGGACUUCCCUCAGCACUUCUGCUGAUCCACUGUUUUAACCACUUCUUAUGCAUUUCUUAAAUUCUUAUUACCUUUAAUUGUCAUAACUAAUCCUCCUCCCUUUUAUCCAUUUUUGCAAUAAUUCCAAUAAUACUCCUCACAAAACUUCUUGCAAGCCUACAAACAUAGUCUGGUCAUCACAAAUACUUUUCAAAUAAUCUGUGAAUUUACUCCAGUCUUCUGUGAAUUUCUGGUCCCGCCGAUUUCGAAUCCUUCCUGUUAGUUUGUCCAAUUCUGCAUAGUCCAUUAAUUUCAUCCUCCAUUCUUCUUUCGUCGGUAAUUCUUCUUGCUUCUAUUUUUGGGCCAAUAACAUUCUUGCUGCCGUUGUUGCAUAUAAAAACAGUUUACAAUCCUUUCUAUUUAUAUCACUUCCUACAAUGCCUAAUAAGAAUGCUUCUGGUUCCUUUAUAAAUGUAUAUUUCAACAUUUUUUUCAUCUCAUUAUAUAUCAUCUCCCAGAAGCUUCUUAGGAAUGGAGGAAGCUUUCAAAUGCCAUGUCAAAGAACAGCCCUCUCCCCUCAUGGAGUCUCUGGUAUUCAGAGUAUAUCCCUGGAGCAACUGGUAUUCAGAAGCAUUGCUGCAUCUGACUGUGGAGACAGAACACAGUCUUUACCUCCCUGAACUUGUUUAACCCUCUUUUCAAGCCAUCCAAGUGGAGUGGGGGGAAUCACUGUGGUGGGAACAGGGAUAUUGGGGUGGGCAGGUCUGGCGCAACCACUGGGCAGAGGGAGACAACCACCUCUGGGGUCACGGCACCUCCUUGGAAGUUGCCCUCUGUUGGAGAGUGACAUAAGCUAGCCAGCAGCCCUUGGGUGUGCAGGCAGAUGCUGCUAGCUUAUGGCCAGUGUUUGAGUCAGCUCUCAGUCCAUUCACUUUCUGAACAUUGGAAGGGGAGCCAUCUUGUCCUUUGCCUCAGGCAGCAAAAAGUCUUGGGCCAGCUAGGAGUUGGGGCAGGGCUGUACAUUAUGGUUACCAGAUUGUUUUUCAAUGAAUCCAGGGACACUUUUGUUUUAUUUUGUUUUAAGUUGAGUAGCAACAGGGAGUCAGUAGUGGGGAUGGUGAGGCAAAAGACCCUGGGCCCAAGCACACAUGCAUGUUGUAUAAAGGUGCAAAGCCCUUCUUUUGCACCCUGUGAAACAUAAAUGCGCAGAGACUGGGCAACAGCGCGCCCCACGCCCGUGACUCCCGAGCCUUCCUCAAUCUCCUUCCCCCUACCCCCCUUUGUUUUGACAGAUCAGGGGAGGCUCGGGAGUCACAGGCGGGCAGCCGUUGCCCAGGAGAGGCCAACCUGGUGGCGCAGUUGGCUCUGGCUGGCUUCAGGAGCUGUUCGCUGGCAUGGCGCAGGAAAAAUGGCGGACGCCACAGCAGUGAGCAGCAAGUAGCUCCUGAAGCCAGCCAGAGCAAACUGCGCUACCAGGCUGGCUCCGGGCUGCUGAGGCUGCCACUGCCAUGUUUCCUGGGGACAGAUUUGCAAAUCUGGGGACAUUCCAGGGACGGAUUUUGUAGGGGGCCAGUUUUGCAAAUCCGGGGACUGUCCCCGGGAACUGGGGACGUCUGGUAACCUUACUGUACAUGCCAUGCCCGCUCCACACUUGAUUCUUCCACAUGCCCUGUGAAUGCCUGAACAGAACUCUUUAUUGCCCACCAUAGAAUUGUAGAGUUGGAAGGGACCGCAAGAGUCAUCUAGUCCAACCCCUUGCAAUACCAAAUGACAUCUAUUGUUUGUGCCCAAGCCAAUAAAGAGGACUCCAUCUAGCUCACACCAAUGCAGCUGAGGAAAGUACAGUCUCUUCUAGGUCCUUAAGAUCUCAUAUCCUAAGCCCUCCUUUCCCUGCAGAAAGUAAAAAGGACACAGCAUUUUUUCAUGCAAAAUCCACACCGCAGCUUUCUGUGGCUUUCGUGUUUGCAGACAUCAUGAAGCAAAAGCAGAAUCAAUUUCUCUGUGACUUUAUGCCCUUCCUCCUCCUCCUCCUCCUCUUCUUUUAAUUUGAUCCAGCAAUAAAACUACUCAGCCGUAGGAGUAAAAACAAAAUCUAGGAAAAUCGCACAGCUAAACGCUCUGUUGGCAAAGUCCGCUUCAACAGCAAAGUGUUUGGUUCUGCUUUCGGAUUCCAUUAUGAGCUGCAUAGAUCCCUCAUUGGUCUGAGAAGGGGCCCAGUGCUUUUGGCCUGCCAGUCUUUGCUGAAGCUUCGCCUUCUCCCUUUCUGAGCAAUUCAAGUCCCUUCAUUUAAUUUCAAUGGAAACUUUAGUGUUUUCAGCCCUGGCCGGUCUGCAGCUGAACGGCUUCUCUCUGGAUCUUGUUUCCAGGUCUCGAGAGGACUGGGUUUGAUCACCUCGUCUGAUUACAUCUUUGACAGCUUUAAAGGAAUUUGCAGAAGGGGAAAGGAGAACAGCGGUGGUUCCUGUGAAGGUUUGGGAGCCGGGACUCCCAAGUUUGAUGCACCUGCCGGAGACUUGAGAAUACACCUUGCCCUGCAAGGAACAGGUACAAACCUCAGCCAGUGUGUGUGUGUGUGUGUGUGUGUGUGUGUGUGUGUCAUUUUGUCUUUUGAUAAAAUAAGAAACUGCCUUACAGUGGUACCUCAGGUUAAGUACUUAAUUCGUUCCAGAGCUCCGUUCUUAACCUGAAACUGUUCUUAACCUGAAGCACCACUUUAGCUAAUGGGGCCUCCUGCUGCCGCCGCGCCGCCGCCGCGUGAUUUCUGUUCUCAUCCUGAAGCAAAGUUCUUAACCCGAGAUACUAUUUCUGGGUUAGCGGAGUCUGUAACCUGAAGCGCAUGUAACCUGAAGCGUAUGUAACCCGAGGUACCACUGUACUUGUAAAUUCCCUUCUGCAACAACUUCCUGUCGGUGCAACAAGUGUCCCGCUUAGUGACUUUCACUUUGCACUAUUAUUUAUUAUUAUUAUUAUUAUUUAUUAAAUUCGUAUACCACCCUUCAUUGUCAGAUAUCAGGGCGAUUCACGGCAACUUCACAGCAUUGGAUGCAACCCCAUUUCCCCCCGGCGCUUUUUAAGAAGGACCCCAUAUUGUGAAGAAAAUGUGGUACAGUUGAAUAGAUCACUCACAUAGCCUUAAGAAUAUAUCACCUUGCAUGAAAAGCAGCAGCAGUGGUGGUUCCAGUGGUGGUGUAUCAGUUUCCAUGGGUGUUCAACUGAUUGCAUAUCUGCCUUUGGAGAGAUGUUCCCACACAGCCCAAACCACCAACUUUGUAGCAGCCAGCUAAUAUUGUGUACAGUUCUGUCCAGCUCACUUCAAAUAGGAUAUUAAUGAGUUGGAAAAUAUCUACAUUGGCUGCCAGUAUGUUUCCAAGCACAAUUCAAAGUGCUGGUGCUGACCUUUAAAGCCCUAAAUGGCCUCAGCCCUAUAUACUUCGAGGAGCGUCUCCACCCCCAUCAUCCAGCCCAGACACUGAGGUCCAGCUUUGAGGGCCUUCCGGUGGUUCCCUCACUACAAGAAGUGAGGUUGCAGGGAACCAAGGCAGAGGGCCUUAUCGGUAGCGUCCCCCCCUGCGGAACGCCCUCCCAUCAGAUGUCAAGUAGAUAAGACAUCCGAAGGCAGCUCUGUAUAGCAUGGGUAGGCAAACUAAGGCCUGGGGGCCAGAUCCGGCCCAAUAGCUUUCUAAAUCCAGUCCGCGGAUGGUCCAGGAAUCAGCGUGUUUUUACAUGAGUAGAAUGUGUCAAUUUAUUUAAAAUGCAUCUCUGGGUUAUUUGUGGGGCCUGCCUGGUGUUUUUACAUGAGUAGAAUGUGUGCUUUUAUUUAAAACGCAUCUCUGGGUUAUUUGUGGGGCAUAGGAAUUCAUUGUUAUUUUUUUCAAUAUAUAGUCCGGCCCCCCACAAGGUCUGAGGGACAGUGGACCGGCCCCCUGCUGAAAAAGUUUGCUGACCCCUGCUGUAUAGGAACAUUUUUAAUGUUUGAUGUUUAACUGUGGUUUUGUAAUUUACUGGAAGUCACCCAGAGCGGCUGGGGCUACCCAGUCAGAUCAGCAGCAUAUUAUUAUUAUUAUUAUUAUUAUUAUUAUUAUGGCAACCGAAAUGAUCAAGGGGAUGUAGUAACUCCCCUAUGAAGGAAGGUUGCAAUAUUUGGGAUUUUUCAGUUCAGAGAAAAGGCCUAGAAGAGGUGACAUUGUAGAAAUCUAUAAAAUUAGAUGUGGCAUGGGAAAAGUGGACAGAGAAAAGUCUUUCUGAAGGAGCGUCUCCACCCCCAUCGUUCUGCCCGGACGCUGAGGUCCAGCGCCGAGGGCCUUCUGGUGGUUCCCUCAUUGCGAGAAGCAAAGCUACAGGGAACCAGGCAGAGGGCCUUCUCGGUAGUGGCACCCGCCCUGUGGAACGCCCUCCCAUCAGAUGUCAAAGCGAUAAACAACUACCUGACAUUCAGAAGACAUCUUUAGGCAAGUCGGUGGAAGAAGAUUGGAAGAAAUUUAAAGACUAUUUACAGAAAUAUUGCAAAAUUAAUGAAUGUUAGAAUGAUGUUGGAUUGAAGUUAAGUGGUUUCUAGCUGUACAGGUACAAAAGAAUAUGGAAAAAUUGGUUUCUAAUAUGUAAAAAUUUAAUGUUAUAAUAUAUCAAGAUUAAAGAUUAGGAUUAAAAAGGAGGGAAAGGAAUUGUUGGAUUAACAAAUUGAAUUGGAAUACAAAAGAGGGAGGUAUGAGGAGGUCCGGGAAACAAGUAACUGUAAAAGAAGUGAUGAAAAGAUGGAAUUGUUUUUAACUGUUUUUUCUUUUUUCUACUUUGUAUUUUUCCUUUUUAUUGUUAAUCUUUUUAUUAAUGUGAUUUUUCUUCUUUUAAAACUUUAAUAAAUAUUAUUUAAAAACAAAAACAAAAAAACAGAAGACAUCUUUAGGCAGCCCUGUUCAGGGAAGUUUUUAAUGUGUGACAUUUUAGUGUAUUUGUGGUCUCCGUGGAAGCCGCGCAGAGUGGCUGGGGAAACCCAGCCAGAUGGGCGGGGUACAAAUAAUAAAUUAUUAUUAUUAUUAUUAUUAUUAUUAUUAUUAUUAUUAUUUCUCCCUCUCUCACAACACUAGAACUUGUGGACAGAUAAAAGAAAGUACUUCUUCACAGUGGCGAAACUACAUGCUCCACUACCGGGGGCGGAGAGCAGGCGGGGGCAUGGCCGGCGUCCCAGGUUGUGGCAUGCAUCUGGGGGCGUGGCACGCUACCCGCAGGGGCAUUGUGCGCAUUCUGGGGGUGUGACACACCCCCUGGGGGGGCAUGGCACCCAGCGCACGCAGGGGUAGCGCAUGUCCAGGGGGGCCACUGCGAUGGCACCCUACCAGAAUAGUGGUGCCAGGGGCGGUGCGCUCCCUCCGCAUCCCAGUUCCUCUGCCAGUGCUUCUUCACACAAUACAAAGUUAAACUAUGGAACUCCCUGCCACAGGAGACAGUAAUGGCUACCAACCUGGGUGGCUUUAAAAGAGGAUUAGGCAAAUUUAUGGAGGAGAGGACUAUUGAUGGAUCCUAGCCAUGAUGGGAUGCAGGUGGCGCUGUGGGUUAAACCACAGAGCCUAGGGCUUGCCAAUCAGAAGGUCGGCAGUUCGAAUCCCCGCGACGGGGUGAGCUCCCGUUGUUCAGUCCCAGCUCCUGCCAACCUAGCAGUUCGAAAGCACGUCAAAGUGCAAGUAGAUAAAUAGGUACCACUCCGGCGGGAAGGUAAACAGCGUUUCUGUGUACUGCUCUGGUUCUCCAGAAGCGGCUUAGUCAUGCUGGCCACAUGACCCGGAAGCUGUACCCCGGAUCCCUCGGCCAAUAAAGCGAGAUGAGUGCCACAACCCCAGAGUCGGCCAUGACUGGACCUAAUGGUCAGGGGUCUCUUUACCUUUACCUUUAGCCAUGAUGGCUGUGCUCUGCUUCCAUGGUUGAAGGCAGCAAUGCUUCUGAAUACCAGUUGCUGGAAACCACAGGAGGGGAGAGGGCUCUUGCGCUCAAAACCUGCUUGCUGGUUUCCCACAGGCAACUGUUCAGCCACUAUGGGAACAGGAUGCUGCACCAAAUGGGCUAUUGGCCUGACCCAGCCGGCCCUUCUUAUGUUCUUAGGUUCUUAAUCAGGUUGCAAUAGGACAUGAUGUUUGUGGUUGUUUUACACAGCUCUGGAUAAUUGCACCUGACAAAGGGGAACCCCAUCCUUCGCUCUUGCUGCGAAAGGAGGCUAUACCCUAUUAUUUACCAAAUGCGUCCAGAACAUUAGAGCUGGAACGUUGAACAGAGGAUCGGCUGACGCGUGGGAAGCUAGAGGAACAGUGGAAGCAUCCUUCCUGAUUAAUUCAUUAUCAGCCCGUUUGGGGAGCCCGAUACACCCGCUUCCAGUUACACCAGCACACUUUGCUGCCUGCCAUUACACGAUUUUGUUUUCAGAUUGUACGAGAUAAGGUUACUUCAUUAUUAAUAUAUGCACAACCGCACGCAUAUAUAUACAUAAAUGUUGUAUCUGUGCCGGAGCACACAGCCUCUGGAAGUGUUAAUAGUUAAGAUAAACUAAGUCCAUUAUCACUGGGAAUGACUAUUUCUAUGACCCUAUUUGCAAUAAAACCAGAUUCAAUGAUAUGAGAAAAUUGCUGGGUUUUGGAAUAAUUGAACCAGGCUGCAUGAACCCGUACAAAGGCAUCAUUUACAAAGUACUUUGCUUGUCUCAAGUAUUUAUUCCUGCAGAAGGAAAUGGGGGGAAGAAGAGUUCAUAUUGCUUAUGCUGUUUUCCUCUGUUCAUACUCUGUAUCUAUCUAUCUAUCUAUCUAUCUAUCUAUCUAUCAUCUAUCUAUCUACCUAUCAUCUAUCUAUCUAUCUAUCUAUCUAUCUAUCUAUCUAUCUAUAUCUAUCAUCUAUCUAUCUAUCUAUCAUCUAUCUAUCUAUCUAUCUAUCUAUCUAUCUAUCUAUCAUCUAUCAUCUAUCUAUCUACCUAUCAUCUAUCUAUCUAUCUACCUAUCUAUCUAUCAUCUAUCCACACAUACACACACACACACACAAACAAUGUCUACUAUUAGACUUCCCAUUUCCUUCCUUGGAAAGGGCAAGAGAGAAACUGUGAGCUUCUGUUGAAUCACAUCCCUCUUUAGAAGAGUUGGCAGUGAUCGAGAAGACCUCUCGCUCACCCAACAACCUGCAAAGUGGUUUGCAGAACAUUGUAAGUGCCUGUUCACGUACUAUUCAGUUAAACAGUCAACAUACAUAUAUACAGCUUGUAUCGAAAAUAUCAUCUUGCCCUUAUAUACCCAGCAGAUCGGUGCAUUCUGGGCUCAGGGCAGCUAACACCAAAUAUAAAUUACAAUGAAACAACAAUUGAUUUUAGAAUGAAUUGAUUUUAGAAUGUAUUUUAAUUAAUUGAUUGUGAGUUUAUGUAAAUUGUGUUACUUUUACUGUUGUUGGCUGCUCUGAGCCCGGCUUCGGCUGGGGAGGGCGGGAUAUAAAUAAAAAUAUAUUAUUAUUAUUAUUAUUAUUAUUAUUUACAAAAAACAAUUAAAAUAUGGCUUAAAAUGCAGCCUCAUUUUAGUAGUAGCCCAUAGAUCAAGACAAUAAAGGGAGGAAACAUCAGAUAUUCACCCGAGCCAGCUAUCCAUGCUGGUCCUACAUGGGCCAGCAAAAAAGCCAAGGGAAAAUUUAUAUACCAAAUCCCAUAUAAAGCCAAUUCUGACUAAGAACCUAGGAAACUGCCUUAUAAAGAGUCCAUCUUGGUCUAUCUCACUCAGUAUUGUCUAUACUGAUUGGCAGUGGUUUCCCGGGAUUUUAUAUGGAAGUCUUUCCCAGUCGUAUAUUGAGAUGCUGGAGACUGAACCUGGGACCAUUCAGAGGCAGUGCAUGUGCUCUGCCACUGAGCUUCCCCUGAACACCACCCAAAGCAUCUCAUUCUGCAGAUGUUCAACAACUGUGCAGCUCCCAAUCUAUGCUUCCAGGUGUCAUAAGAAAGCUGCAGAGAUAGUGCAGGAUAGUACGCACCCCGGAAAUGAUCUCUUUCAGCUUCUGCCUUCUGGAAGAACGUACAGGGUUAUAAAGACUAGGACCAGCCGCCUGAGAAACAGUUUUUAUCCAAAUGUGAUUUUGGUUUUAAACGCAGUGUAAGGUAGUCUCUAUGGGAGUAUAUUGUAUUUAAUUAUGGGGUAUCAGAGUUUUUAGGGGGUUAACCAGGCUGGGAUAACUGGGAUAGCAGGCUUGCUGGUUUUUGAAUGUCUGAUGUAGAUUUUUUUCAAUUUUGUUGUUCUGUAUGGGACAAUGGCAAUAAAGAUUACCGUAUCGUAUAUCAUUUAGGUGAGUCUUAUACAGAAGAGCCUCCCGCUAGUGACUUGGCCAAUCUGUGCUAACUGAGUAAUGUGAUCCUUGCAGAAGCCAUGAACCAGCAAAGUUCCCAAGACUUUCGGAAGUUCCGCAGAUGUCCAUUUUUUGCAGCAUGAAGGCGUUCCUGCAGAUUCUCCAAUGCACUGUGAAGGAAAGGUAAGGUGGAUUCUCGGAAUACCUCUCCAAGCUGUUGCUACCAGUGUGUUCGCAGCCCACAGAAGCACUGAGCAUUCUCUGGUGGCAAGAGAUGGACCUCUGCUGCUAUCACUACGUCCGUGGGCAGGAACUGGCUGAGAAUGGUUCAGUUGCAGUGAUGUGGGGCUCUAGAGUUAGGGACUUGGAGAACCUCUUGUUUGAAUUUCCAAGUUACAUGAACUGUUUUUUAAAUGCAGGAGUGGAUCUACACACAGAAGAAGAAGAAACACACUAUAAAUGAGUCAGAAAUUAAAUCGCUAUAACAAAAGAACAAAACCACUAUGUAAAAUCACAUAGAAUUUUUUUUUUACUUUCCAACGCCAUCUGGUGUUGCACACAUCCAAAACACUGUUUUUUGACUAAUAUAGAUGAGUCCAAAGUGCUAGUAUGUAAUGGACUAGUUUUGCAUUGUUUAUAAUUUUUAGUUUUAAAUUCUUGUAAUUUGCCCUGGGACCUCAUGGUGUUGGGAAGACAUGUGAAAUUUCAAUAACAUUCUCAUACCCUCCAACACUUUGAAGCUAAAAUCUGGGACGCCGUCUUCCCAGAUGCCAUCUUUCCAUUUUUUUAAAUUGCAAGAGCACGGCAGCCAUUUUGGUUGUUGCAAUUUCACGAGAUUUCACAUUGUGCUCCCUCCCCCCCCAAAAAACCCUCCUUUGUGUGUGGGAGAAUCAUGCCACGAAAUCACACGAGAUCACAUCAACCAAAAUGGCCUCUGUUCUCUCGCGAUAAAAAAAGGGAUGUCACAGUUUUUCUGGGACACUUGCAGGGUAUGCAUUCUAGAAACACUGAGCAAAUGGCACUUAUGGAGUGCCACAAAUGGAGCCAGUCUGAUGUAGUGGUUAAGAGUGGUAGAUUUGUAAUCUGGUGAACCGGGUUUGAUUCCCCGCUCCUCCACAUGCAGCUGCUGGGUGACCUUGGGCUAGUCACACUUCUCUGAAGUCUCUCAGCCCCACUCACCUCACAGAGUGUUUGUUGUGGGGGAGGAAGGGAAAGGAGAAUGUUAGCCGCUUUGAGACUCCUUCAGGUAGUGAUAAAGCGGGAUAUCAAAUCCAAACUCUUCUUCUACUUAGGCCUAGGCCUUUAAAUAUAUAUAUUUUUGUUGCAAAGGGGCUGCGGCCUACAAACAUCCUUACAGAACUUCCAAAAUUACAGACAAAGUUUCCAUUGGUGUGCAGCUUAUAAGUGACCCAGUAAGAACUUUGUCCGUGUAGCUGAGGCAUUCAUAACUUGGCAGUUUUAUGGGAAUCGAGAGCAGCAUUAGACUUCUCCAUCUCACCCAGCAAUAAAGAGGCUUCAUAUCUGAAAGGCUUUUAUAGGGCUUUCGUCCUGGUCUUAGGAAGAACACAAAGGGGUAGACAAAUAGCCCUAGGAAAACAAAAGAAUCUGCGCUUGCAUGUGCUAUUGACGUGGCAGGAACAAUAAUAAUAAAAAAAACAUAUUUCAGCAAUCAUUGCUGAGCCAUCUUGACUGAAAGAUGUAUGUUUAAUGACAGCAGAUCCCCAGAGUUUUACCAAAGACUUUUAAAGCAAAUCCUCUGCAAUAGUAAAUCAUGUCUCUUCCCAACUAAAAUUCCAUCAAUAGUUUUACUGAAAUAUCUGUAGGAAAUCCUAAUGUUCAAAUCCCGCUUUAUUACUGUAAUAAUGGACCUAAUUUGUAAAACAGAUAAAAUGUGGCCUUAACGAUAUUGGCAUGGGAGAGAUAUACAAUCCCUUCCCAGCUAAGUUGUUUUCUGGCUAUUUUCGGGUUGCUUUUUUCCAAAAAGUAAAAACCAGGGCACCCCGAAAGUUGUUGAGCUUUUAUGAAAAUGCAAAAAAAAAGCAACCCACGAUUUGACUUGUCUAAGUUCCAGGACAAGGCACCACCUUUCGGAAAUUCCCCCAGACGCCAGUUCCGCCUUUGAAAUCCAGAAGUAUUGCAGCCCUGGGCUAUUUUAAUUUCUAGAGAAAAACGAGGACAAAGGAAUGAGGGCAACCAUUCUAUAAGAGAGAGAGAGAGAACGCACUGUUGAAAGCAAAGUAAGGGCCCACAUGGUGGGAGAACACUUGUUUUGCAUGCUCUCCAACAUUUUUGUCCCCCAAACUGGCACAUCAGCAAAGUUGUGCCAGAGCACCUUCUGGUUAGUCACUCUGGUGUGAGUCAGAAGGGUCUAGAAAGCAAUCUGGCUCACAUCAUCAGGAUUGCACCAGAGUGCCUUCUGGUCUGGUGGUCUGGCCUGACCCCAGAAUGAGCAUCUUUUGGACCGAACAACAGGGUGUUCCAGGAUGCAGCAGAAGCCAAGAUUGACUUCUGUGAUUCCGGGAUGUCCCACUUAAAAUGGGACAGUUAGCAGGUAUGAAAAGGUCCCAGGUUAAAUCCCUGGCAUCUCUAGGUAGGGCUGGAAAUGUUCCCUAACCAAGACCAUGGACAGCUGCUGCCAGUCAGUGUAAACAAUAGUGAGCUGGGUGGGCCGAUGCUCUGAUGCUGUAUAAGACAGCUUCCUGUGUUUAAGCCGAGCUGCAAUCUCUCAGAAGACAUUUUUCAGAGAACACCUGAGAUUUUUCUUUCUCGUCCUCCACACUCACUAGAAAAAGGAGGCUUAGGCUACUAGGCAUGAUGGCUAUGUUCUGCCUCCAAGGUCAGGGGCAGCAUACCUCUGAAUGCCAGUUUCUGGAAAUCACAAGUGGGGAGGGUGAUGUUGCAAUCAGGUCCUGCUUUCUGACUUCUCAUAGGCAUCUGGUCAGCCACUGUGAGAACAGGAUGCUGGACUAGAUGGGUCAUUGGCCUGGUCCAGCAGGUUCUUCUUUUGUCUUUAUGGAGUGGGUUUGGGUGUUUAUAUAUCCAUUGGUGGAGGUUGCCGUUGGAGCUCAGCUGAAACAUGGAGUUGAGGUUCAUGAAUGUGGUCAUCCCCGCUCCCCAGAAAUAGCCACCCAUGACAAUGUUUCAUGGAGGACAUGAAAGUGUUUGGUGGGCAGCGGGAAGAAUGUGUUUGUCUACUGCUGAGACAACUAAUAAUAAUAAUAAUAAUAAUAAUAAUAAUAUAUGCAUACAUUCUCCCCCACCAUUGAGGACGAGAGCAAAGUAUUUCAUUUGCCCUCACGAGAUGCCACCACAUGCUCCAUGCUCACUGGCUGUCUGGUCAUUGCAUUCACUACGCCACCCCUGAAUGGCUGGGAUCAUAGAAUGAAUGUGAAAGAAUAUUUAACUAAGAAGACAGCUCAGUUGGUUAGAGUGUGGUGCUGAUAAUGCCAAGGUUGCGGGUUUGAUCCCCGUAUGGGACAGCUGCAUAUUCGGUUGGACUAGAUCAGGCAUGGCCAAACUUGGCCCUCCAGCUGUUUUGGGACUACAGCUCCCAUCAUCCCUAGCUAACAGGACCAGUGGUCAGGGAUGGUGGGAAUUGUAGUCCCAAAACAGCUGGAGGGCCUAGUUUGGCCAUGCCUGGACUAGAUGAUCUUCAAGGCCCCUUCCAACUCUGCAAUUCUGUGAUUGUAAGAGAGCGGAUUGGUUCUGGAGCAGUAUACCUAAAUAGUCACAAAACCUUUCCCAUAAAUGGUAAGUUGCGGAGUGCUGCCCCCUCAGAAACAGACAUUUUGCCCCAGUAAAAAGAUGGGUUCAAUAAUUCAAUGCAGCUCUGGUUGUCGUCUGUGCGCAUAGAUAGAUAUAGAUAUUGUUUUUCUUUUUAGACUCACUACACCAAAAGCCCUCCUUCCAUAUUGAGGAAAAGAUCAUCCGUGAACAAAGCUCUCAGUCAGAAGCAAAAAGUAGGGAGAAGAGUUCGUUUCCAGGAACCAGAAGAAAUUAUUGGACGUGUUCAUGGUAUGCUUGAUAUAUGACACUAACAGUUCAAAGCUGGUCUCUCUCUCAUACCCUAUCCCUUUGAGGUUUUAUCUGCAAGCUCCAACCAUCUGUUUACCUCAGAACUGUCACUGGGGCCUUUUCAUUGUACCUGGAGCCACGUUGAAGACCCUCUGGAGACUUCCGGAGGCAUGGUUGACUGGCAUAGAAACUAAUUAUAAGAAAUCAGUUGCUAGAUUGGUCAAGGUAUAAACAGAGGUUGAGAAGAAGAGUACUCUGGGAAGGCAGAUGUGUGUCAAGGCUCCAUUGGCUUGUGUGGAGGCCACACAAACCCAAAAAGCCUGCUCUAAUUUCACAAAUAUUGACCUGGUUUCAUAUUCUUCUCUUUAUGCUGCCAGAGUUAAGCGUGAAAUGCACAGAGACAGAAACUGCUGGAGUGCGCUUCUGUAAGCCAUGGAACCAUAGCCUUGGGAGGGGACCUUGGUGUCAUCCAGUCCAAGGAAGUUAGUACGACAAUUUGCCUGAUAGAGAUGAUGCAAAGCACUCUCUUCCUCUUUGGCAAUCACUCGUAGCCAAGUAAGAUUGUCUUCCAUAAACUCGGUUUUAACAGUAAGUGACUGUGGAAGCCAAUUCUGGAUCCACAUGUCCUUCCACAGUGGGGACAUAGGUUUCCGGGUGGGAGUUGAUCAUGGUGAGGGUUUGCCAAACAUGCCUUCCUCUUAGCAUGUUUCUCCCUUUCGUCUUGAGUUUGAGCAUCUUUAAAGUCCAUGACACUUGGACUUUAAGGCUGUUCUCCAAUUGAAGCGCUCGCAGGCCAGUGUUUCCCAGUUGUUGGUGUUUAUACUACAUUUUUUUAGGUUUGCCUUGAGAGAGUCUUUAAAACUCAUUUGUUGACCACCAGCAUUACGCUUUCUGUUUUUAAGUUGGGAAUAGAGUAGUUGCUUUGGACAACAUGUCCAAUGAAGCUGAUGUUGAAGAAUCAUCGCUUUGACACUGGUGAUCUUUGCUUCUUCCAGUACAAUGCCAUUAGUUUGCUUGUCUUCCCAAGUGAUGUGUUUUAAUUUUUGGAGACACCAUUGAUGGAAUCUUUCGAGGGGUUAGAGAUGGCAUUUAUAAGUGGGCCAUGUUUCACAAGCAUACAGUCAGCUAAGCACUACAGCACACCUCAGCAUUACGACUGGGAAGGGCCAUAGCUCAGUGAUAGAGCAUCUGUCUUGCAUGCAGAUGGUCGUAGGCUGAAUCCCCAGAAUCUCCAGGAAGGCUGGGAAUGCCUUCUGCCUGGAACCCUGGAAAGCCUUUGUCAGUCAGUGUAGACCAGGGGUCGGCACGGCUUACCAGCCAUGGGCCGGAUGACUCCCACGGAGAUAGUUCAUGGGACAGACCAGCACAGCGCAAUGCCCAAAAUCACAUCUAUGAAUGUCCGCGGCACCGGAAAUCACUUCUGCGCAUGCCCAGAUGACGGAAAUCGCAGCUGCACAGAAGCGAUUUUUGGCAUCUGGGCAUGCACAGAAGCAAUUUUCCAGUAUCUGCGUGUGCGUAGACGCGAUUUCCAGCGCCACUCGGCAAGUCCCCGUGCACAGCUGCGCCAAUUUAGCGCAGCACACGGGGGACUCACUGAGCGGGCAGCUCAGCUCAGGGGUGGCUCGGGGGCCGGUAAAACAGUCUUUGUGGGCCGCAUCCGGUCCAUGGGCCGCAAGUUGCUGACCCCUGGUGUAGACAAUACUAACAGGAUUGACUCAGUAAGGCAGCUUACUAUGUAGCGACAGAACUGAGUUCAGUAGUUCCCAGCAGCAGUCAUCACGCUUAGGACUGCAGCUUUUCAACCCACAUUCUGCCUUCUAUCAUUUACACCAGCUGUUAUAGAGUUAUCUGGAGCCCUAAGUCCAAAAUGGAAAACUCAAACCUGAAAUGUUUUGGUAAGACAGGGAGGGGAGCAGGGAACAGGGUGAGGGAUCCUCAUUUUUUGGCUGCCAGCUCCUCCACUUGUGUGCUUCAGCGCAAACGGUCUCUGACAAAUGUGAUUUUGCUGUGCGUCAACACACACGCCAUCAAUAAGGCUCAGCUAUGGAUUGGGAAAUGAAAGCUUUCUGGCACCAAAGACAUUUUUCCAUUUGCAGUACAUUUCUUCCUAAAUCUCAACUUGUGUGCGGUUUUUUUUAUUUUUUAUCAACAAAUGUCAUUCCAAAACACUGUUGGAUGAUAGAUCCACAAUGUAAUAAGAGUUGCUUUAAAAAAAAAAAAGGAAAGCUUAUUCCCCUCACUCCCACCCACAUCCUAGCAUUUUAUUGUGUUACAUUUUCUUUUGGGAAAUAAUACAGAGGACUGGUUCCAAAGUCCUUGUUUUCUUGCAAUGGGCUAUAUUUCCGCAACAAGAGUAAACCCAUCGACAUUGCCAUUCAUCUUUGAGAUGAAAUGAACAUUUACCCAAAGUAUUCUCUGUUCAAGACAUUCAAUAAAACUCCUAUCUUUCCAAUCGCCGGGUAUGAUUAUGUUUUAAAAUCCUGAAAUAGAGCUUUAAGAUAACUACCACAAAUGCAUAAUCUAGGAUCUGAGAAAUUAAAUCAUGUAAUCUCUUUGGAGGGGAAAGGGAGGGGAUUCUCAGUUCUCUGAAUGUCAAUAUCCUUGCAAAAUUUUCAAUUCAUGUUUUCCUGCAUUUCCAAUUGCAGCUGCUGUUGGUAUUUUAGCAUGGGGGGCGGGGGCUGCAUAGGCAAGAAAAUGCUAUAAAAAUUGUGCUGGUAGCAGAGAGGGAGGGAGAGAAUAGGUUAAAGUGGGUUACAAAUGGCCACUUUUUUGAUCGGUUACAUUGGGGGCAGGGGGCACUUUUUUGAUACUCCUGGACCCCCAUGAACUUGCAGCCAGUCCUAUCCUACAUGGUCCGUAUCUAAACACUUCGAUAUGAUGGACACAACUGGGAUUUUUCCCCCAAAAAAUGAUGCUUUGCAAAGACCUGUGGGUGUUUGUGCAAGAUGUUCCAAUGAAAAAGAACAUGGUUUCAGCUUGCCCACAGCACCAAAGAGCCCUCUCACCCCUAUAAACUCUCAGAAUGCUUUCCAUUUGCAGCUAUAAAUACUAUGACAUUAUUAUCUGCUCCCUGUAAUGUUUGCAGAAAGUUCCAUUUCCUUGUUUCACCUGUCAUGGCUCUUCUUGCGUGUGUGUGUGUUCUGUCUCAUCACGAAGCUUCAACAGAGACGGGAGAAUGUUUAUCUGAGAACAGAUCCCAACACACGUGUUGGAAUUUCCCCUUUCACAACAGACUGUUCCGUUUAGUGGCACAUCUGCUGAUUGUCAUCAGGGACAAAGCUGCAUGUUAACUCAGCAAACUCACAGUCUGAAUCCCACAGCUGCUGAGUUAAUGAUGGAGACGGCCGGGGGGGGGGGACGGGGACGGAAGAAGAUAGGAACACGGAGAAUGGUGGGUGGAAAGAGAAGAGGCUUAAUAAUAGGUGCCAACUCCCUGGGGCCCUGGGUGCCUGAACACCCACAAAAUUCCCCAUGAAGGGGCUGGGCAUGCACAAAUUUUGGUGCCAGGGCCAUGCAUGGUACCCAUGGCCCAGGUACCCAUGUCCCAGGGCAUCCACAGUUGUGGGGGCCAAGCUGGCACUUCUGGGCUUAAUCAUUCCUACACCCAUCUAUUCUCCUCUUGCAGGACUAUUUUUUCUUCCCAGGGGGGCUCAAUUUUGGCUAGGGAUAAUUUGAUACAUUGCACACAUACAAACAAAAAGAAGAAGAGAAAAGCAAUUGGUUUCAGUUUUACAACUGAUACCAGGGUUAGGUUCUAAACAUCUUUACUAAAAUGUAGCUUCUCUGCUGAAAAUCACAUACAGUGGUACCUCGGAAGUCGAACAGAAUCCGUUCCGGAAGUCCGUUUGACUUCCAAAAUGUUCGGAAACCAAAGCGCAGCUUCUGAUUGGCUGCAGAAAGUUCCUGCAACAAAUGAGAAGAAGCAGAAACCCCAUCGGACAUUCAGGUUCCGGAGAACAUUUGGACACUGCAACACUCACUUCUGGGUUUGCGGCGUCCGGGAACCAAAACGUCCAAGUACAAAGACAUUAGGGAUCCAAGGUGCAACUGUACUGUCUCUUUUUCUCCUGACUAUGUACAACCGAUUGUGUACAGCUCUGUGUUGCAAGUGACCUCAUUUACAUUUACAAACACUGGCAAGGCACUCAGAUUACAUCUCUUCCCACUGUCUUAAGGUUUAACUCGUGACCAAGUCAGGAGAAGAGUCCCGAGCUGACUUAAUACACCCUAUGGAAAAGUAAUAGCUAUAUGUCUAAAGCUUUCUUUUACAACAACUUCUAAAAAUAAUAUUUUAUGUAAAUUAAACUUAUAGCUUCAACACACUUGGAUUCAUUGUUGCUUCUUGAGGCUUAGGUAGCCUUUGUACCGCAGAGUGCCUUCCAUCAGCUUUGACUGGUGGUCCAGUGACGCCCCUAUCUGGACAAGGAGGGCCUAACAUCUGUUGUCUCUGCUCUGGUAACCUCCAGGCUAUAUGACUGCAACGUAUUAUAUGUGGGGCUGCCUCAGAAGAUUGUUCAGAAACUUCAGUUGGUGCAUAAUUGGGUGGCCAGGUUGCUCACCAGGGUAAAACUCACCAGCAUCUUACACCAAUCCUGACCUGACUGCACUUGCUGCCAAUUAGUUUCUGGGCCCAAUUCAAAGUGUUGACUUUGACCUAUUAAGCUCUAAAAAGCUCAGGGCCUCAAUACGUCAAGGAUUGCUUCUCCUCAUAAGAACUGACCAAGACCCUGCAAUAUCAUCUACAGUGGUACCUCUCAAGACGAAUGCCUCGCAAGACGAAAAACUCGCAAGACGAAAGAGUUUUUCGUUUUUUGAGUUGCUUUGCAAGACGAAUUUCCCUAUGGGCUUGCUUCGCAAGACGAAAACACCUUGCGAGUUUGUUUCCUUUUUCUUAAAACCGUUAAUACUGUUAAAACCGUGCUUCGCAAGACGAAAAAUUCGCAAGACGAAAAAACUCGCAGAACGAAUUAAUCUUGUCUUGCGAGGCACCACUGUAAGGCCCUUAUUUGUGUGCCCUCUCCAUGAGAGGGGACGCGGGUGGCACUGUGAGUUAAACCACAGAGCCUAGGACUUGCCAAUCAGAAGAUCGGUGGUUCGAAUCCCCACGACGGGGUGAGCUCCCGUUGCUCGGUCUCUGCUCCUGCCAACCUAGCAGUUCGAAAGAACGUCAAAGUGCAAGUAGAUAAAUAGGUACCGCUCCGGCGGGAAGGUAAAUGGCGUUUCCGUGCGCUGCUCUGGUUUGCCAGAAGCGGCUUAGUCAUGCUGGCCACAUGACCUGGAAGCUGUACGCCGGCUCCCUCGGCGAAUAAAGCUAGAUGAGUGCUGCAACCCCAGAGUCGGCCAGGGGUCCCUUUACCUUUACCUACCUCCAUGAGAGGUCUGGAGGGCAGCAACAUGAGAACGGGCUUUUUCUUUGGUGGCUCCCUGAUUGUUGAAUGCUCUCCCCAGGGAGGCUUGCCUGUCACCUUUAUUACAUAUAUUUAGGCACCAGGCAAGAACAUUCCUCUAUAACCAGUCCUUUAGAUUUCUCUGUUGAACAUAGGGAUAUCCUAAGGAGAAGCAGGACAUUCUGGGAUCAAACGAUAAACCAGGAUGUCUUCUGUUAAUCCGGGGCUGUCCGUAGAAAAUAGGGACGCUUGAAAGGUCUGCAUCUAGUCCAAACCCUUGCAAUGAAGGAAUCUUAGCUAAAGCUAUGGCCUUUUAAAUGUGUUUUUUUGGGGGGGGGUAUUGGUUUGUUUUUGUAUUUUGUGUUCUCGUUUUCUAUCUUUGUGCUGUAAAUCACCCUGUGACCUUCAGACAAAGGGCAGUAUACAAACAUCAUCAUCAUCAUCAUCAUCAUCAUCAUCAUUGCAUGUGUUGCUCCACCCACUUAUGACCCCAAAAAUUCCACCCGGACACCAUUUUGGACGGACGAAUUUGGACAUAUGACUGCCCUCCCCAACCUGAUGUAUAGGAAGAAAAUGGAAUCAGUUGAACCAGCUUUAAUUAUUUUCUCAGUGAAAAUCCAGUUCAUUAUUUUUGCAAGUGAGCUGUGUAAAAUCUGCAUUUGCCUUUUAACUGAGCAAUUUCCAACCUGCAGCUAGGUCCUCUACCGAAUUUGCCCUUUUUUAUUAGUCCAAAGAGGUUCCUUCUUUGCAGUGCUAAUAAUACAUCCCUUUCAUUCUGUUUUCUAUCUAGACAUUUCCUGCUGUGACUACAUAGUUGGUAAGUUGAAAUCUCUAACAUGUUCACCGUGGGCCAUUUGUGGAACUGACUGAUGAUGGCUUGCUGCUUGGAUUAUUAAUAGCCUAGGUUUGCAAAAGGAAUAAAACAUUAGCUGAGAGUAGCAAUUCACAUUAGAUCUCCUUCGACAUACUUCAUCUACAAUAUGGGGGUGAUAAUAGUGAGCUCCUUUACACUGCUGCUUUAAAAAACACAGCUAGGGGUGGGUUGCUUUAAAAGAGGACUGGACAAAAUUGGGGAGGGUAGAGUUAUCAAUGGCUACUAGCAAUGAGGUCUGUGCUCUGCCUCCAAAGUCAGAGGCAGCGAUAUUUGGGAAUACCAGUUGCUGGAAACCACAGGAAGGGAGAAUGAUCUUGUGCUCAGGUCCUGCUUGUACGUUUUCCAUGAGCUUCUGUUUGGCCACUGUGAGAACGCGAUGCUGGACUAGAUGGCCCAUUGGACUGAUUCAACAGGCUCAUUUUAAGUUUUUAACCUCCAGCAGCAAGCUAAUCUCUCUCUCUCUCUCUCUAAUUUUUAUUAGUUUUUUUAACGUAUCAUUUUCAACAAUAAUUAAACAUACCGUAUUUUUCGCCCCAUAGGGCGCACCGGCCCAUAGGGCGCACCUAGUUUUUUUGGGGGGGGGAAUAAAGAAAAAAUAUACAUUUCCCCCCCAGGCGCGGGGCUGGGGCAGGGGAAGCCCGAGCUUCCCCCGACCCCAGCCCCCAGAACAGGCUGCUAUCCGCAAGCCUAGGGAGCCCGGCAGGAAGUCGCGCCGGUCUCCCCAGGCUUGCGGAGAGCUGCGCGAAGCCUGGGGCGCACUGCUCAGCGCGCCCCAGGCUUCGGGAUGCAGGCAGCUCUCCGCAAGCCGUGGGAAGUCGCGCCGGUCUCCCACGGCUUGCGGAGAGCUGCCAAAAGCCCAGGGCGCGCUCUGCUGCGCUCCCUGGGUUUCGGGCUGUAGGCUGCUGUGCGCAAGCCUUGGGAGUCCCGUGGGAACUCCCGCAGGGCUCCCAAGGCUUGCGGAAAGCUGCCCGAAGUCCGGGGUGUGCAGCGCUGCGCUCCCUGGGCUUUGGGCAGCAGGCUGCUGUGCGCAAGCCUUGGGAGCCCUGCGGGACCUCCCGCGGGCUCCCCAGGCUUGAGGAUAGCUUCCUGAAGCCUGGAGAGCGAGAGGGGUCGGUGCGCACCGACCACUCUCACUCUCCAGGCUUCAGCGAAAGCCUGCAUUCGCCCCAUAGGAUGCACACACAUUUCCCCUUCAUUUUUGGAGGGGGAAAAGUGUGUCUUUUAGGGCGAAAAAUACGGUACUUUUACAUCUUAUUCAAAUUUUUGACUUCCAUCAAUCCUGUCUGAAAAUUUUCCAAUCUAAUCUCUCAGUAUGCAUUUCUUAUCUUCCCUGUUACAUUUCAAACUCAUAACCAUUAUCUCUAUCUUUUUCUACUUUGUAACACUUUGUAUAUUUCUCCUUACAAAACGUCUUGUAGUCCUACUAGCGUAAUUUGUUGAUUACAGUUGCUCUUCAAAUAAUUCAUAUACUUCUUCCAAUCUUCUGUAAAUCUCUGGUCCUGCAGGUUUCGAAUCCUUCCUGUCAUUUUGUCCAAUUCUGCAUAGUCCAUUAAUUUCGUCUGCCAUUCUUCUUUCGUCGGAAUUUCUUCUUGUUUCCAUUUCUGGGCUAGCAAUACUCUUGCCGCAGUUGUUGCAUAUAAAAACAAUUUAACAUCUUACCUAUUAAUGUCCUGACCUCUAAUACCAAGUAAAAAUGCUUCUGGUUUUUUAAAAAAUGUAUAUUUCAACAUCUUUUUCAUAUCAUUAUAUAUCAUUUCCCAGAAGUUCUUUACUUUUUUACAUUCCCACCACAUAUGAUAAAAUGUUCCUUCUCUUUCUUUACAUUUUCAACAUUUAUUAUUUGUCUUAUACAUUUUAGCUAAUUUCACUGGUGUAAUAUACAGUGGUGCCCCGCAAGACGAAUGCCUCGCAAGACGAAAAACCCGCUAGACGAAAGGGUUUUCCGUUUUUCGAUGCGCUUCGCAAGACGAAUUUCCCUAUGGGCUUGCUUCGCAAGACGAAAACAUCUUGCGAGUCUUGCGAUUUUUUUUGCUUUCCCCCCCCCCUUUUUCUAAGCCGCUAAUAGCCUUUUAGCCGCUAAGCCGCUAAGCCUUUAAUAGCCGCUAAACCGCUAAACCGCUAAUAGCGCUAAUCCACUAAGCCGCUAAUAGGGUUGCUUCGCAAGACGAAAAAACCGCUAGACGAAGAGACUCACGGAACGGAUUAUUUUCGUCUUGCGAGGCACCACUGUACCAUCUGACAGCAAGCUAAUCUCAGGCCAUACUGGGUUGGUCCAAUUUGGCCCAUGAGGCCAUUUUCCCCCAACCACAACCACCUGUCAAGCAGCUGACAUCACUUCUGGUGCCCUCCAGAUGUUGCUGGACUACAACUCCCAGCAUCCCUGUCCACUGGUCAUUGUCAGGAGCAAGCCGGCAGUAAAUCACACUGUGCAAGUUGAAGUUAAGUCUUUAUUAGCAAGAACAUGAUCUGCACAGACUUGGCAGAGUGUCAGGCCCAAUGAACACAACAGUUCACCCCCAGUAGGUCUUGCCCCAUGGAUCAGUUGCCAAGACUGAAAGUCCCUGCCUCUCUAGGUCUUUCCCAAGCAAUCAGAGACUGCGCCUGUGUGAACCAGCCUCCCCUCCGCCCUUUUCAUGCCUCUUCUGGUUCUGGGAGACAAGCUGGGAGGGGAGCUUGUUGCAGCAGCAGGGGGAGACCCUCGUGACUUUUCACCAGCCCAACUCAACUCUGCCUCUUGUCCCUCCUACUUCUGCCUCUGAUUCUGGACUUCCCUCUGCCUCGGGCUCUCCCAGUUCACUAAGCCCUCUUCACCUUCUCCUCCCAGUCUUCUCCCUUUUCUCCCUCUGGCCACUCAUCGUCAUUACACCACCAAUCUCCAGGCUCUGAGCCUUCUUCCCUUGGUGGUUUCCCAGCUGGUUCCUUCCACCAUUCCUCUGUGUCCAACCAGUUCAUGACAGUCAUGCUAGAAUUCAGCGGUUCUCAACCUGUGGGUCCCCAGAUGUUGUUGGACUACAACUCCCAUCAUCGCUGAGCUCUGGCCUUGCUAGCUAGGGGUGAUGGGAGUUGUAGUUCAACAACAUCUGGGGACCCACAGGUUGAGAAAGGCUGUGCUAGAUGGAAGUGAUGGGAGUUGCAGUCCAGCAACAUCUGGGGGGGCACUUGAUUGGCUACCCAAGUCCUCAUGUGCCCUAUAGCACUUCCCCAUAGCUUUGCACCUUAAGGGACAGAUGGUCAUGCUGGGCACCCUGUUUUUUAGAGUUCAUCAUUAAUUACCACCCUGAUAGGCUUCAAAAUAACUGUUCCCAGGACACAGUUUGAGCAACCCCAGCUCCAGCAUUGAGAAUGGAGCAGUUUUCUGUGUCCAAAAGCAAUUUCACACUGUAUGUUUCAGAUGCUAUCUACUACAGUGUGUGAUAUAUAUAUAUAUAUAUAUAUAUAUAUAUAUAUAUAUAUAUAUAUAUAUAUUCAGUCUACAAGUGCAAUAACAUUUGAAUCAGUCCCUCACAGGAAGGAGUUAGCGAGCGAGCCACAGGCUGACAUUUAUUCACAGAAAGCACAAAGAGAGUAAUUUUAAAUAGCAAUCGAUUUAACAAAGAAAAUGGAAGCCUGUUCAGAGAUAAUUUGCAAGCGGAAAGGAGGGCUUCGUUCGAGAUGAAUAAAUCAUUUGCUGCAAAUAGUUCCCCCCGACUCUAUUAGAGAACAUUGAUUCGCUUUCUUGGGUUCUUUAAAAUGAUUUGCUCUUAGCAUUCUGCCUUCCCCCCAAACACACACACUUUUUGAUACAUUAUUAUGGGUUGGGUUGCCUGCCUUUAUGACUUCUACUUUCCUCCCUGUACCUCAGCAUGACAGCUUAAUUGUUUACCAUGAAUUCUGGGACUAGUAAUAGCAGCUAAUUUAAAUAGGCCAGAGCAAAUAGUGGACCUUUACCCAUAACGAUACAGACCACAGCGGCAUUUAUAUAUAUAUUUAAUCUUAACCAUACUGGCUGCGCUCAUAUACCAGGCAAAUGGUUACACUCUGUACAGAAUUAUUAUUAUUUUUUUAAAAAAAUGCUUAUGAUCCGAUGCAUAGAUCAGGCGUUCGGUAGCACUUUCCAUAUCAAAGCAGCUUUAUAAAAGAAGACUGUUGUUAUAAAGUAAUGGCAAUGCAACUUACAUAAAAAUUGCCACGCUGGGUCAGAGCGAUGUUCUGUCUCACUCAGCAGCUUGUCAGUAGAUAUUGGUAUGACAGUGUGUCUCACACAGGAUCGUCAAGAGGGCAUAUAAGAACAGGGGGAGCUGCCUUCUGCCAAGUCAAACUGUUGGUCCAUUGAGCUCAGUCUACACUGACUGGAGACGUGGGUGGCGCUGUGGUCUAAACCAUGGAGCCUCUUGCGCUUGCCAAUCAGAAGGUCAGCGGUUCGAAUCCCCGCAACGGGGUGAGCUCCCAUUGCUCUGCCCCAGCUCCUGCCAACCUCGCAGUUUGAAAGCACGUCAAAGUUGUUGUUGUUGUUUAGUCGUUUAGUCGUGUCCGACUCUUCAUGACCCCAUGGACCAGAGCACGCCAGGCACUUCUGUCUUCCACUGCCUCCCGCAGUUUGGUCAGACUCAUGCUGGUAGCUUCGAAAACACUGUCCAACCAUCUUGUCCUCUGUUGUCCCCUUCUCCUUGUGCCCUCCAUCUUUCCCAACACCAGGGUCUUUCCAGGGAGUCUUCUCUUCUCAUGAGGUGACCAAAGUAUUGGAGCCUCAGCUUCAGGAUCUGUCCUUCCAGUGAGCACUCAGGGCUGAUUUCCUUCAGAAUGGAUAGGUUUGAUUUUCUUGCAGCCCAUGGGACUCUCAAGAGUCUCCUCCAGCACCAUAAUUCAAAAGCAUCAAUUCUUCAGCGAUCAGCCUUCUUUAUGGUCCAGCUCUCACUUCCAUACAUCACUACUGAGAAAACCAUGGUUUGAACUAUACGGACCUUUGUUGGCAAGGUGAUGUCUCUGCUUUUUAAGAUGCUGUCUAGGUUUGCCAUCGCCUUUCUCCCAAGGAGCAGUCGUCUUUUAAUUUCGUGACUGCUUUCACUAUCUGCAGUGAUCAUGGAGCCCAAGAAUGUAAAAUCUCUCACUGCUUCCGUUUCUUCCCCUUCUAUUUGCCAGGAGGUGAUGGGCCCAGUGGCCAUGAUCUUCGUUUUUUGAUGUUGAGCUUCAGACCAUAUUUUGCGCUCUCCUCUUUCACCCUCAUUAAAAGGUUCUUUAAUUCCUCCUCACUUUCUGCCAUCAAGGUUGUGUCAUCUGCAUAUCUAAGGUUGUUGAUAUUUCUAUUUUUGCACGUCAAAGUACAAGUAGAUAAACAGGUACCGCUGCGGCGGGAAGGUAAACAACGUUUCUGUGCGCUCUGGUUUCCAUCACGGUGCGCUCUGGUUUCCAUCACGUUGUGCCAGUAUCAGUUUAUUCCUGCUGGGCGCAUGACCCAGAAAGUUGUCUGUGGACAAACGCUGGCUCCCUUGGCCUGAAAGCGAGAUGAGUGCCGUAACCCCCUAGUUGCCUUUGACUGGACUUAACCAUCCAGGGGUCCUUUACCUUUACUCUUUUUUUUUUUUUUUUUUACACUGACUGGCAGUGCUUUUCCAGAAUUGUAGAACAUAAGAAGAAACUACAGUGGUACCUCGGGUUAAGUACUUAAUUCAUUCCGGAGGUCCGUUCUUAACCUGAAACUGUUCUUAACCUGAAGCACCACUUUAGCUAAUGGGGCCUCCUGCUGCUGCCGUGCCGCUGGAGCACAAUUUCUGUUUUCAUCCUGAAGCAAAGUUCUUAACCUGAAGGACUAUUUCUGGGUUAGCGGAGUCUGUAACCUGAAGCGUAUGUAACCUGAAGCGUAUGUAACCCGAGGUACCACUGUAAUCUAGUGGAUCAGACCAAUGGCCCAUCUAGUCCAGCAUCCUGUUCUCACAAUGGCCAUAGGAAGCCGCCAAGCAGGACACAAGUACAAGAACCAGCAAAUGGCCUUACUGAAGAUGCCAGAGGUGAGUCAAGGACCAACUCUCUGCAAAGCACAUGAUCUGCCAUUUAGCUCUGCCCCUUCCUGUGCCUUUAACACCAUUUCAUUUUGUUUUCAUUUUUUCAUUUCACUUUUUAUUUGCAUACCACAGAUCCUCCAAGUGUCCCUAUUUUCCAAGGACUUCCCUGAUCUAGAGAAGCCGUCCCAGUUUCUGAUUUGAUCCCGGAAUGUCCCACUUUUCCUUAGGAUUUCUCUAUUUUCAUUGGAGAAAUGUUGGAGGGUAUGGAGUUAUUUGAACCCCCAAGUCAGGGGUCAGCAAACUUUUUCAGCAGGGGGCCGGCUCACUGUCCCUCAGGCCUUGUGUGGAGCCAGACUAUGUUGUUUUUUUUUGAGGGGGUGAACGAAUUCCUAUGCCCCACAAAUAACAGAGCAAGGCAGGUCUCUGUCUCUCUAGCUUCCAGCGUCACCCCACAUCCACUCACACGCACAACCUUCUUUGGCCUAUUGCUCUCCAUCCCAGGAUGACAUGGCACCCAGCCAGGUGAGGUGGCAAAAGGCCUACCUAUUUGUCUCUAUGGAAACGUAGCUCACCCUUGGAGAUGCUCACCCUUGGAGUCUCCUUCUUUGGAGGUCUUUAAGCAGAGGCUUGACAACCAUAUGUCAGGAGUGCUCUGGUGGUGUUUCCUGCUUGGCAGGGGGUUGGACUCAAUGGCCCUUGUGGUCUCUUCCAACUCUAUGAUUCUAUGAUUCUAUGCUGAUGAGAGCACUUCACCAGCCAGCUAAGACAAGGCCAUUACCCAACAAAGAGACUUUUCUGACAGCUGCUUCUGCUAAAUUCCAAACUUCACUAGAUGUGCAACCACAGGCCUGGAAAGGACCCAUGUAUAGCAUCCAGGCUAACCUCCACACAGCCUAUAAUGAUAAACAGCUACCUUGUACCACUGGUUCACCCACUUUAGCAUUGUCUGUACUGACCAGCAGUGUCUUCACAGACAAGAUGUCACUCCAUGUGUUGCUGCAUUGCAGCUUCCAUCAUCCCUGCCGAUCAGCCAAGCUGGGUGGGGCUGAUAGGAGCUGGAGUCAAUCAUCAUCUGGAAGGUGAGCAUCAGAAUUGGCUGGUCCUACUGUUAAAAUUCCUGCUCUAUGAUUGUAGUCAUAGAGUUGUUGUCUUUCACAUGACAGUAUAUGUUUUGACUCCACAGAGUGGGAAGUGAUGGAGACAGGAUGCUUGUGUUACUGUGCUCCGUGAAGUGGGACUAUUGUCCUUUGUUCUUUUUCUCUCUGCUGUCUGAUGCUAGAGAGAGAGGGAGCCAUGUUGCAGUGCUCCAUGUGUGUUUAUAUGUAAAUAAAGUAGAUUAGCCAAAAUGCUGAGUUGCUGAGGUCUGUCACGCGCAUGAUGCACAAACUCUGCGGAUCCCUAAGUGUGCCCGUCGCUGUGAUGUUCGGGCUGAAGAAAGCUUUUGAAGCUCCCGAACAAUCGGCCAGGAGGGAGGGAACCUGCCAGUCGGGCAUGUGUCUCUGCCAGGGUCCUACUCGAGUGUAAGCUGAACUCCUGACACCUACAACAGUGGUCAAGGAUCUGGAAACCGUGCCAUAUGAGGAAUGGUUGAGGGAGUUGGGUAGCUUUAGCCAGGAGAAGAGGAGACCAAGAGGAGAUAUGAUGGUCAUCUUCUAGUAUCUCAAGGGCUGUCACAUGGAAGAGGGAACAACAAGCUUGUUUUCUCCUUCUUCAGAGGGUAGGACUCGAUCCAAUGAAUUCAAGUUGCAAGAAAGGAGAUUCCUGCUAAACAUCAGGAAGAACUUUCUGAGGGUAAGAGCUGUUCAACAGGGAAACAGACUCCCUUAGGAGGUGAUGGACUCUCCAUCCUUGGAGGUUUAUAAGCAGAGGUUGGGUGGCCAUCUGUCAGGGGUGGUUGAGAUUCCUGCAUUGCAGGGGGUUGGACUAGAUGACCCUCGGGGUCCCUUCCAACUCUACAAUUCUGUGAUUCUACGAGAGUAUCGAGACUAGUGGUAUCCUCCCCAAAGGCUUCACAGAAAACUUAAAUAAAAUAGGAAUGCAAAUGAAAACAUUGUAAAUGCCAUUAAAUACCAAAAUUAAUACAAAUUAAGAUGAACGCUUAUGACACACGCACAAGCAUUUCAUUAAAAGAAAGAGAAAGCCUUCCUAAAUCAGCCUGUGAAAAUUAAAACAUGGUGAAUGUUUACUCAGAUGAUAAUUUUAAGCCCGCUUGUAUUUUAUGCCGCACCGAGUGCGCAACUAACUCUCUCUUUUUUCCAAUUUGAAAGGACUGGAUAUAAAAGGCUCAUGUUACAGGCAGAAGCCACGGAAUCUCGUUUCUUUAUAAGCUGCCAAUGAGCAUUAAAUAAUUUGCCAGAGCUGCCUAGCGUUCAGAAGUAUUUAAGUGCUCACGUUUUUUUGCUGAAAGGGGUUUUGUUUUUUAAAAGAUGUCAGCGAGGGUAUCCAAGUGCAUGCAUUAAUUAUGGUAAUCCUGUUCUUGUUGUAUAUAAUCAAAUCCUUUCAACGCUCCAUUAGAUUUCAUCAUUGUUAUUCAGUCUCCUUUCGGAGGGAGGUGUGUGUUGUUGCUAUUUGAGCUAGGCGUGCCAAAGAGCUGUAUUCGAGGGCAGGAGGCCAGAGGAACACAUGCAGUGGGCAGAGACAGGCCUGGGAAUUGCUGCCAAACAGCUGCAAAGAGGCAGAGCGAGGGCUGCUUUAAAACAAAUCCUAGGCAAGCACAGGAGGUGUGGGGCGAGAGCCACAUAUCUAUGUGCAGAUCAAUGCUCCUCCUCUCUCUCUAUCCAGCUUCCUGUGUUGCCUUAAUACUGUUCAAGGAGCAGGCCUCCUGCCUGCCUGAAAAGCUGAGGUGUAGGGAUAGGUUGGGCUCCAUGAUCAUUGCAGAUGGUGACAGCAACCCCGAAAUUAAAAGACGCCUGCUUCUUGGGAGAAAAGCAAUGACAAACCUAGACAACAUCUUAAAAAGCAGAGACAUCACCUUGCCAACAAAGGUCCGUAUUGUUAAACCUAUGGUUUUCCCAGUAGUGAUGUAUGGAAGUGAGAGCUGGACCAUCAAGAAGGCUGACUGCCGAAGAAUUGAUGCUUUUGGAUUAUGGUGCUGGAGGAGACUCUUGAGAGUCCCAUGGACUGCAAGAAGAUCAAACGCAUCCAUUCUGAAGGAAAUCAGCCCUGAGUGCUCACUGGAAGGAAAGAUCCUCAAGCUGAGGCUCCAAUACUUUGGCCACCUCAUGAGAAGAGAAGACUCCCUGGAAAAGACCCUGAUGUUGGGAAAGAUUGAGGGCCCAAGGAGAAAGGGACAACAGAGGAUGAGAUGGUUGGACAGUGUUCUCAAAGCUACCAGCAUGAGUUUGACCAAACUACGGGAGGCAGUGGAAGACAGGAGUGCCUGGCGUGCUCUGGUCCAUGAGGUCAUGAAGAGUCGGACACGACUAAACGACUAAACAACAACAACAACAGGGAUAGGUUGUUGUUUUUUUAGUUAUCCAAAAUCCAAUUAUUAUUUUUAUUUAUUUAAUUUUUAAUUUUUUACCAGCAACCAAACACAAACAGUGAACUACCAGGCGGCUGAUACCAUUAGGUAUACAUAAUCAAUAAUAACAUAUUCAAAUCAACCAUAUGCACAAUUUUAUAUACGUUAACACUCCUCCCUCCACAGGGUUUGUUUAACUUUUAACAUUUUAAUUGCCCCAAAUUGUUCUAACAUACCCAAAUAAUUCAGUUUCUCAAACCAAUCCUCGUCUUUCUGACUGAUCUUAAACCCUUUCAUUCUGUGUAUCUUCACAGUUAGAUAUUGUAAAAUUAUGAUAUUAUUCAGUUUUUUCCUCCAUUGGUUCACCCCUAGCUCUUCUGCAUUUUUCCAGUUACUCGCUAUAACCUGUCUGGCUGCAGUUACCAUCAAUUUUACCCAUUUACAUUCCUCUUUUGUUUUUAACUCGGUGCUACUCAGACUAAUAAGAACCAUUAAUUUAGAUAUUCCCACCUUCCUACCCACAAUUCCCGAUAUUUUCUAUACCAGUCUGUUUCCAAAAUUCAUUAACUAAUGGACAAUCCCACCACAUAUGACUGUAUGUUCCCAUCACUCCACAUUUCCUCCAACAAUUCUUACUUCCAGAUUUUGUAAUAUGAUACAGUGGUACCUCGGGUUAAGUACUUAAUUCGUUCCGGAGGUCCGUACUUAACCUGAAACUGUUCUUAACCUGAAGCACCACUUUAGCUAAUGGGGCCUCCUGCUGCCGGAGCACGAUUUCUGUUCUCAUCCUGAAGCAAAGUUCUUAACCUGAAGCACUAUUUCUGGGUUAGCGGAGUCUGUAACCUGAAGCGUAUGUAACCUUAAGUGUAUGUAACCCGAGGUACCACUGUAUAACCUUACAGGUGUAUAAUACCAUUUUUGUACCAAGGUGUAGGAAUAGUUAAACCAUGGAAUUCACUAGCACAAGAGGCAGAGAUGGCCACCAACUGGGAUGGCUUUAAAAGAAUAGGCAAAAUUCAUGGAGGAGAGGGCUAUGGAUGGCUCCCAGACCUGAUGGCUCGGCUCUGCCUCCACAGUAGGAGGCAGUAAUGCUUCUGAAUACCAGCUGCUAGAAAUCGCAGGAGAGGAGAGUGCUCUUGUGCUCAGAGCCUGCUCAUGGGUUUCCAACGGCCGUCUGGUUGGCUUCUGUGAGAAAAGGAUGCUACACUGGACAGGCCAUUGGCUUGAUCCAUGAGGCUCUUCUUAGAUUCUUAUAAUAAUAAUAAUACAUUUUUAUUUAUACCCUGCCCUUCCCAGUUCAGAAAACCGGGCUCAGGGCGGCUAACAACAAAUUUAAAACACUUAAUUGAUGCAACAAAAAAACCAGCAUAAAAUACAGUAUAAAACGUGAAUAACAAUAAAUUCAGAAUUCAAAAAUCAAUUUGGGGGGAAAUCCAUCCAAUAAACAUUAGAUGAUUACCAGGGCUAGCUGGCUAAAUGAGUCCUAUUUGGGCCAGCAAGGAGACCAGGGGAUAAUUAGCUGUGGGAUCCCAGAGCGGGUAAUCUUCAUAAAAAGGGGAAGGGGAGGGAAUCUGCCAAUUCAGAAUUCAAUUCAGAAUUCAGAUUCAUUUCUAAAUUCAAUUCAGAAUUCAGAUUCAUUUCAGAAUUCAAUUCAGAAUUCAGAUUCAUUUCUGAAUUCAAUUCAGAAUUCAGAUUUAAUUCUGAAUCUGUCAAUUUUGGCCUCUCUCAAUUUCUCGUUUUUCCCUCGUUUCGGGUUUGUAUUAAUGUAAAACCAAAAGUACAAAGAGGAAAGAAUAGAAUCAAAGUUAAGAAAUAAAGGAACUGUAAGAGCUAAAAUGGAACCCAACCCCCUGCAAUGCAGGAAUCUCAACUAAGGCAUCUAUGACAGAUGGCCAUCCAACCUCUGCUUAAAAACCUCCAUGGAAGGAGAGUCCACAACCUCCAGAGGAAGUCCGUUCCUCUGUCGAACUGCUCCUACUGUCAGAAAGCUCUUCCUGGUAUAUAGCUGGAAUCUCCUUUCUUGUGACUUGAAGCCAUUCAUUCAGGUUCUAGCCUCCAGAACAGCAAAAAAGCAAGCUUGCUCCAUCUUUCAUGUGAAAGCCCUUGAGAUAUUUGAAAAUUGCUCUCAUCUUAUCCAGGCUAAACAUACCCAGCUCUCUCAACCAUUCAUCCUAAGGAGCACAACAGAGGUUGUAUUUUCCAAAUAAAUAAGAGAGCAGGUAAUGUUGUAAAAGAAUAAAACACAUCACGGCAGCCAAAUCUUUAUUUGGUGGGAUAAGAGUGUGGUAUAUCUGAAUUCAAGACACAACAAAUGAAAUCCCACCAAAAGGCGUAGAAAUGUUCAAGGUCUUCCUUACCUUAUAAAACGCAUUAUUUGUGCAUUAUUUUCUCUGCAAUAGCCAGAGUCAACACAUUAUUGUACCACAAAGAGAUGUUUUAAGUCCCGUAGUGUCUUGGUUUCUUAUUUUGCAGUCUUUAUCAUAAAAUGCUCUACACAUCAGUUUGUGACUGUAAAAAACAAAAGGCCUUGUGAAAAUUCAUCACCAUUUUAAUGCUAAUUUUAAAUGCUAAAAUUAAACAGUGCUUUGGCCCUAAUAUACCGGUACAUUAUUGCAUGCAGAAAAACUUGGAAAACCAAUACAACCCAGGUGAUUAGGAAGGCCCAACAGAGACUCCAUUUCCUCAGGGUCUUGCGAAAGAACAAUGUCAAACAAAAAUUGAUGAUCUCCUUCUACCAGGCCUUUCAUACUGUACAUAUUGUUCAUACAGGGUGGUACGCAGGUUUGACAGCCACGGACAGGAAGUCCCUACAGAGGGUGGUGAAUACAGCACAUGAUACCAUGGGCUGUCCUCAGAGUUCACUAGAUAACAUCGCAGGAGACCACUGCCUCAGGAGAGCAAGGAAAAUUCUUAGGGACAACUCAUACCCUGGCCAGCACUUCUUUAAGCUCCUACCUUUGGGCAGGAGAUACAGAAGUAUAGUCAGCCCCGCCAACAGGUUAAAGAAAAGUUUUUAUCCAGAGAAGAGGAUGUUGCUGAAUCUUGGGCGCCAGAGAUGGAGGGAGCUGUGGCCCUGCAGGAACAUGAGCUUUUGGAUUUGACAAAUGAACUUGGAAAAAGCCAGAUUUGGAAAGAUAAGGUUUGGACUGGUUUGGAAAUGGGGGGUUGGAUAGACCCCCCUAUGCAGGGAUGUUUGGACUUUCCAAGUCUGGCAAUGGGCCGUGAGAUGUUUGGGGCUGUGGGGGCUCUUAAUUUUGGAGGGAUUCUGAAACAUGUUUUUAAAUACCACAUGGAGUUUAGUCUGGACUUUGGAAAAGGGGCUGAUUUGUUGAAAAGGGUCAAAAACAUUACCAAGCUGGAGUUCCCACGAGUGAAAGGAGAAUAUGAAGAAGAGCUGCGGAAGGGACAUGGAAGAGACUUAGGGGCCUCGGAUAUAAGGUUACCAGGUUAAUGCGCUAGAUCGAUGGGAUAAUAAGGACUGACAAAACCCGGGACCAGGAGGAAGGGACGCUGGAUGAAGAUUGGAUUGUUUUUAUUUCUUUCUUUUUAUUACUAGGAUUGUUUUAUAAAAUUGAUGAAUGUUAGAAAAAUGUUGGAACGAAAUUACUUGGCUCUAGCAAAAAUGUCUAAAGAAUUAGGUAAGAAUAUUAUGGUUAUGAGAAGUUGGUAAAAAUAAGAUUUAAGUUUUAAGUUUUAAGGUUUUCUAUAAGAUAAGAUGAAAAUAGAUUAAGGUAAUGUAAUGACAGAAUAUUAUGAAAUAUGGAAAGGAUUUGCUGCGAUAAUUAAUAACUAGGAUACAAAAAAAGGGAGGAGGAGGAGGUCAAAGAAAGAAGGUAAUGAAAGUUGAGGAUUCGAGAAUGAUGGAUUUGUUUUUAUCUGUUUGUGGUGUAUUUUUGUUUUUUGAAUCUACAUUGUUUGAUGUGGUUUGUUUUCUCUUUGUUUUCUCUUUUUUCUUUUUCCGCUGUGUUCUUUUCUGUAAUUCUAAAAAAUUUUCAAUAAAUAUCAUUUUUUUAAAAAAAAUUAUGCGUGGGCUGUUGGGCUGCUGAAUGGGGGGGGAAAUAGUGGUGUACAGUGGACGCUCACGCUCGGGUUGCGAACGUGAUCCGUGCGGGAUGCACGUUCGCAACCUGCAGUGUUUGCAACCCGCAGCGGCACAUCUGCGCACGUGCGGGUUGCGAUUUGGCACUUCUGCGCAUGCACAAAGCACGAUUUAGUGCUUCUGCGCAUGCGCACCUUCCGAAACCUGGAAGUAACCCAUUCCAGUACUUCCGGGUUUCGGCGGUCCGUAACCCAAAAAAACGCAACCUGAAGCAUCUGUAACCCAAGGUAUGACUGUAAUUGACUUCUGCCAAGCACACAGAGCACGAACAAGACUGAGUAUAUGGGGGGGGCUCGUUUAAUUUCACUGCACACAGGUGGUGUAGUGACAAUAGAGGUUUUGUUUUGUUUUGUUUUGUUUUGUUUUGUUUUGUUUUAUUUUAUUUUAUUUUAUUUUAUUUUAUUUUAUUUUACUUUAUUUUAUUUUACUUUACUUUACUUUACUUUACUUUACUUUACUUUAUUUAUUUGUCCCAGGUUCAGUCCUCAGCAUCUCCAGGUAGGACAUUUUCAGCCGUGUGCUUAGACUUCAUAGAAUCGUGGAAUCACAGAACCGUAGAGUUGGAAGGGACCCAAGGGUCAUCUAGUCCAACCCCCCCCCUGCAUUGUAGGAAUCGCAGCUAAAGCAUCCAUGACGGAUAACCAUCCAACCUCUGCUUAAAAACCUCCAAGGAAGGUGACUUCUUCACGCAUUACACUGAACACAGAUAUUAGCUGUCUCUACACACGUACAGUUGUUGGUGUGAAAGGGUCUACCACUGAGGGACGUAACUCAAUAGCAGAGCAUCUGCCUCGGAUGGAGAAGAUCCCAGAUUCCACCCCCAGCUUCUCCAUGUGGGGCUGAGCACACCCCUUCUUUCUGAAACACUGGAGAACUUCUGCCAAUUGGUGCAGACGCUACUAAGAUAGAUGGGACAAUGGUUUGACUGGGCAUAAGACAACUUCCUGUGUGCCUAUGUUCCCUCUGGAAUGUGGUGUGGAUUGGGGCCAGAGGAAGAGGUGAGUGGGCAGCAUCAAGAGUCAUGAGGAGCGUGGGAUGUAACAUCACAGAAAGCAGUCAAAUACAUUUCUUGUUUGCCCAGAGUGGACACACAGGGGGAUGUUACUCCAGCCAGGAGGACUUCCUGUGACACCUGGUCUGGAGCUUCCUCCCCUGUGUGUCACCAGGUAGAUGGGCAUGACUCUGGGGUGUGACCAUGAAAGGGCUGGUCACACAGCCAUCUUCCCUUCUCUCUUGACCCUUCUUCUUCACUUUAUCCCAUCUUGAUGCUUUUGCUGUCUGCUGGCUCUCAGCCAGCAGCACAUGGGCUCAAUCCCCAUAUGGGAUGAACCAUAGCUGUCAACUGUCCCUUAUUUGGCAGGAAACUCCCUUGUCCCAGCACCGUUUUCCACUGCUGUCCCUUAUUGGUGAUGUCCCUUAAAUUUCCCGGGUUUCAAAGGAAGCAGCUCCUCUCCCUUUCUGCCUGCCGACCAGGGAAGAGGGAGGCUCCAACUGUGUUCCUUGGCUGCAUUGCUCACCCAAUAAGGAGUCUCAGAAUGACUGGGGGUGGAGCUUGAAUGCCUUGUGCCCGGCCUCGUUGCCUGGGGACUCGCCUUUGCUCAGCGCUUCCCAGCGGAGAGGUGACGGUGGUUUUCCUUGCUGCAUCCCCUUUGCUGGGUUGCUGCGGUGUGGGAACCACUUCUUGAGGCUUCGUUUGGCUGCAGGCUGGGCUUUCUGCCUUUGGCUCGGAGGGGCUCAGAAGUUGAACAUACCUGUGCUCGGAAUCGGAUGGAUAUGUCAUUGACGGCCCACUCACCCUUGCCGGGGAAAAGGUCUCUUUGAAGCGGGGACACAUCGUGGGGGGAAAGGAAAGGAGCUAGUUGAGUACAAUGGCAGGCGGCGAUCUCAUGGGAGGGUGGGUCUUUUGGAUUUGUUUUGGAGGCUCCUUUGAUUGACUAUUAUGGGGGGAAGGAAAGGAGCUGGUUGACUAAAAUCCCUUAUUUUGGUUGCUGAUCCCUUAUUUUCGAGGCUGCUGGUCUCUUAUUUUCAAAUCUGUAAGUUGACAGCUAUGGAUGAACCCACACUCUCUUAUGUAACUACGAACGACAUAUUCAGGAUCAUACUGUGAACUGAACGUAAGUAAACUUCUCAUUGCUUGUAAGAGAAGACUGUUGUGUCUUUAUUCAUUUUAAGAGAGAACAAAGGGGAUUUACCAGGAACAAAUCCAAUCUGGACAAGCCAGGCUGGAUUGCUUAACUCAAGAGAUUCAAACGAAUCUACCAACUAGCUUCCUGCAAUAUACAGGGGAAUGUACUCUGCUACUGACUCAGCAGCGUGAGUGAGGAAGGAUAAUAUUUAAUCAAUAUAUCCUCUCCUGAUAUCCACAACAUUCCCACAAGGAGGCAGCGGCAGUAUCCUCAGAGGGAGAUCCUCUGAGAGCAGCAUGCUUAAUCGCCCCCCAAAUAAAAAGAAAUGGAUAUCAUACCUUCCAACAUUUCUGAGAUGAAAAUAGGGACAGUCUAUUCUACAUCAGGAAGCUUCUUCCACGUUGGAUCUCCCACACAUCUACAUUGGUCACCUUGAGUCAACUGCAACCUCUCAGCCUCCCCAACCUCACGGGGGGUGGGGAGUGGAAUUAGAACACUUGGAGGGUCUGUGAUAUGACACCGAAAGUUAAUAUUUCUCCAGCAAAGUGUGUUCUCCAUAACAGAGAGCACGUGUUGCGGUGGGGGCCUGAAGGCCACCCCACUGUUGUUGGGCAAAUUGGCCACAUGCUGUGAUUGGGCAAGGAGUGUUGCUGGGGAGAAUGUCAUGUUGCUAAAUGGUGGGAGGGAUCAGAGGUCUUAAAUACAGGGCUCGCAGCCUGGGGCCUUCUCUUGGGCUGCGUGCACCGGAUCACCUGCCCACCCUCCCUGGAAAGGGGGGGUUCGUUGUCCUCUGACCUUGCUAUGCCUGUCAUGGGGUCAUCUGCCUUGGGGCAGGGGCCUGGUAGGAAUUUUGUCCAUUUGGCUGAUUGGCUGUUGCCAUUUGGUUUUUGCCUACUGUGUAGCAGAUCAUCACAACUUGUAAGGUUGCAGUUAGGCAUUGGUUAAAAUUGGUUGGUGGAGGGGUAAGUGCCUACCCCUCCAAUGAUGGUGCUGCAUAGGGAAUUCCGUUAAAAGAAUCCAGGGGCUUGCCAUCCCUUUCAUCCUAGUCCCUGGCAUUGGACUUGGGCUGUGCAAGCCCCAGGGGGCAUGAGGGUGAGAGAUGAGGGACUGAUGCCCAGCUUCAUUUCUCCCCAAUAUGGUUCUCCCUGACUGGCUUCUGCUGGAAUCUGGAAGUCAGUUCUGUCCCUGGGGCAAGGACAGAUAGUCGUAACCAAUGACUAAGCAACCACUCACGUGUGUGUAUUUAAAUAAAGUUGUGGCCAAAUUCAUGCCAAAAACCUUAAAGAAAAAUUGUUAUUGGGGUGGCCUGGGGGACCUCGAUGCGCAAAAGGGGAGGUGGGGUGUGUUUCAAUAUGACUGUGGAGGACCUAAUUUUAAACUCGCUUCUUUCUGUUCUCCCCCACUACAUCCCAGCGCACAAGAGGCCUGCAAGCGUACUGCCUUUGUUCCUGGGGAUUUUCCUUUGUGCGCUCCUGUUUUUGGCUUUAAGUCUCUACUACGGCAGCGUGAGGCGAGAUUUCAAAGUCUUGGAAGAGUUUCACAGCCAGCUUGUUAUCGUCGUCCUUCAGAUCAGGCACGUUGCUGUGAAAUGUUGGGCCUGGUUUAUGAGGCUGUAGAAAGCCUCACACAUGGAACCAUGCAGGGCUGGGGACAAUGGUUCGCUUCCUCUGGGAUACCAUCCGAAUGUGUCUGAGAGAGAAAAAGAGCCUCUUUAUUUAAGAAAAAAAAAUUAAACGGAAAAUGAAGCAGCUGUCUUCUUGCAAAAUUACGACGCUACCCACGGUGGGCAUUUUUCCUUUCUUAUCGCCGUCAUUUGGGUUCCGCAUUUCUUUUCAUAAUGCCAUUAUCGUCUCCUAGCAAUCUCAAUUGCAAUUAGAGGCCCAUUGUGUAAGAGCCUUGAAGCAUUGAGAAUAUUCUUUAUUUCCAACCUGGGGAUGUGUGGGAGCUGCAAACAGGAUUUCAAAGUAUUGCCAAUCAAACGUUUUAAAAUAAUAAUAAUAAUAAACCCAUGAGCUAGACCAUACAAAAGACUAGUCUUCAAAAAUGACUUAUUUUUAAAUGAUAAAUGGUGGGUGUUGCUUACAGAGGAAAGUGUGGACAGACAGGGUGCAUAACCUUAUCAAAACUUGCUUCCUUUGAAAUUCCCCAGCAGUUUCUUCGGGGAGGAGCCUUUGAAUUCAACUCAAAUUUUGGCUCGGAUGAAACUGAGAGUAGCUGUGCAUAUUUUACUCUCCCCCACUGGAACCAAUGGGGUGUAA